UAUUUUUACAGUGACGAAUACAUAAAAUUUUAAGUGAAAGUUUAUGAUGUUAUGUUAUGAAAUUUAUUUUUUCCUUUUCAAAAGUAUUUGUCUGUUCUUUAGUCGGUUUCGCAGUAAUCUUUUCGCUUUUCUGAAUCAUUUUCGCUGAAGUUUUACUUUACGUACCCGUACGUUGAGUGUUCUUCGGAGUUCGGAGUAUGGAGACGAGUCAGACGACAGUAUUUGACUGACUACCCGUGUUUGGUAGAGAUUAUUAUUCGCAGCUUCGCGUUUCGACGUUCAUAAAAUAGUUGUUGGCACAACACUGUUAUUGUUGACUACGUCUCGACUUAGCAUUUAACAGUAUUUGACUUGUACCUUGGAUCUCGCGACAUCAUUCCCGAAAAUGAUGCAGUUCAUGCUGCUAUUCAGCCGGCAAGGAAAACUCCGGCUACAGAAAUGGUACGUGGCGCAACCGGAAAAGCAGAAGAAGCGGAUCACCCGCGAACUUGUUAACGCCGUUCUGCAGCGGAAAGCCAAAAUGUGCAGUUUUCUGGAAUGGAAAGACUUGAAGGUUGUUUACAAGAGGUAUGCCAGCUUGUAUUUUUGUUGCGCGAUCGAUGAGACGGAUAACGAACUGAUGACGCUGGAAGUGAUACAUCGCUAUGUGGAGCUCCUAGACAAGUAUUUCGGAUCGGUUUGCGAAUUGGAUAUUAUUUUUAACUUCGAAAAAGCCUACUUUAUCCUGGACGAAUUCAUUAUCGGUGGUGAAGUGCAGGAAACGAGUAAAAAGAACGUCUUGAAGGCCAUUUCCGCCCAAGAUGUGAUGCAGGAGGAUGAGGCAGUAACCACCGCUCUGGAAGAAUUUGGCUUGGUUUGAUUGGUUUGCUCCGUCCAUGCGAAACUCAGUGGAAUACACGUUUCGUGUACCGUGUAUGCCCGCAUUUCCCUCCGCGUUGCGUGUUCUGGCGUCCUUUGAAAAUGUCUGCUUGGUUUGAAUAUUUUUUGCCUGUAUACUGCGAUAGCCUGUCUUUUGUUUAAGGUGCCGGUAUGUUGCUUGCCGGACUGUUUUAGCUUUUUAUUGCCAUUGUAGGCAGCUUGCACAGUGUUCUCUUUGCCGCAUUUACCCGGUGACAGUAAAGUUGUGGAAUAAAAUGGAUAUGGCGUGAGAUAAUACACUAUGGUUUAUUGUGUUGUAACUGCUAAUUGCCU